AUGAAUGCUGUCGCGGCGUCUACAUCCAACCCCGCCAAUGAGUUGGAGGUGGCUGCUGAUUCCGAUUCGGCUCAUGUUGGGUCAUCAGCCUGUCUAGACCAUGCAUCACAGCACUUUAUCCGAUUGCCGGAUACUAUGUUUUCUUCCAUAAUGGCUGCGAAGCCCAGCUUGAACCCACAUUACCAAGAGGUGAAAGCUGAGGCCGAUGCUUGGAUUGGUUUAAUUGGGAUAGUUUUUAUUUUCGAUGACCGUGGGUGCGAGGAAAUCACAUGCUCUGAUAUUUUCAACAAAUUCGACGAAGGCCGUCUGAGCACCGACCUGGCAGUCGCAGAGGAGGAGAUUAAACAGACUAUGGCUCUCAUGAAGGAUGGUGCGCCCCUCAUUAGCAUGGAAGAUAACCCAAUUCAGCAUAUAUAUCAAACUUGUUGGUACCGAUUGAGUAAGUCCCGUGGACUAGAGAUCCACAACAGGCGAAUUUUCGCUAUCAUUGAUUCCUUCAACCAUCCUACUUAG